AGUACUGAAUAAAUAAAUGAUUGUCAGAAAAAGUUACACGUGGAAUGCGAUUGAGUUGCCAUUCAAUAUUUUAUAUUUUCAUCUUCCUUAUAAAGAAGGCCGCAAUUCAUAUCCGGUCGUAAACUGCAAAGAUGAGAAAAUCCCUUGGUGGAAGUUACGGCGGUGGUGAUGGCGAAGACAUUUUAAGAACACUCGGAAGCUCCAUUGCUAGAGCUAAACUUAAUAACAUUCAGGAAUCUCUUCCUUCUAAUUAUUCUAAUCCUUCUUCGCCUUCUAUUAGCUCUUCUUCAUCUAGCACAAAACUUCAGAAUUCUACAUCCAAACACGCCUUAUCCAUAUCCUCUAAUGGUGGUCUUGCUGUUUCUGCUAAUUGGGGCUCUAAUUCCUUAAUUGGUGAUGAUGUUAUGGAUGAUUAUGGUGAAAAUAACAGUGGGAUUACUGAAUUGGAAUGGAAAUGUCUUGAGAAUUAUUAUGAUCCUGUUUUUGGAGUUGUUCCUUCUACACAUGAAGUUCAACAAGCUCUAUGUUCGAUUCAUCAGGUUCUUCAUCCAGAGUCUACUUACAAAGAUGCCAAAGAGCUAACAAGUGAUGUGGAUGGUGACACCGAUGGGGACCAGACAACAAAUCCCACAGUGGAAAGAACAUCCUCAAAAGGUUCGGAUUCAGAUUGGAUGGAGCCAUCAAUGCAACCAUAUGAUCGGAACUUGGUGCAAUCUCCUAGAUGGGAGAGGGUGCAUGAUGCUUUUCAUCUCUUGGAGACUGAGCCAAGUGUUCAGAGAAUGGUGGUGUCGUUGUCUUCUGAUAAAGCAGUUUGGAACGCUGUCUUGAACAAUAAGGAUGUACGGGAGAUCAGAGAUUCAUACCGCAAUGCAGCUGAAUCACUCCCUCCAAGCUCUUAUGAGAAACCCGAUCCAUCCAAGACAAAUUUGAAUAUUCUCAAGUGGGUAUUUAACGACAUGAAGAUGAAACUGUUGGAAUUUCUAGGAAAUAUUUCACAGUUCAUUGCCGAUAUAUUCACUCCCCUCGAUUAUGAUAAGGAGCAAUAUUUUGCUUUCUCAGAUAAGCUCAAGUCGUCGUUCUUACUCACAGUCGUAGUUUUGUUGAUCGUUGUGGUUGCUCGUGGACAUAGGGGUUGAUCAGAAAUCAUUUGCCGACAUCACGGAAUUUAUUUUUUUCUUCAUAUUUAAGGCUUAACUUUCAGUUUGAGAAAUUCUGUUGGAAAUUUUCUGAUUUCGUAAGCCAUCCCUUGGGUUUGUAUGUGUUGAGAUCGAUAAAUUUGGGAUACAUGCUAGUUUUUUCUUGACUUGGUUCAGGAUGGAAAAUAUGUUCCUUUAAUCCUGCUGGCUACUGCCUACAAGCCAUUUUUGAGUGCAAUUUGCAGCAGAAACUCUAUUUGACAUAUUCUAAACACUUACUAUGUCUAUAACCAUUUCAAAUAUCUACUUUAACCAUUUAAAAUGCCUACUUUCACAUAAAUAACAACUUUUAGUAUGCAAAAAUAUCUACUUUAAU